AUGACCGAGACUAGCAACUCGCUACCGAACCACAAACCUCUCGUCAACGAGGACAGCGUGCCGCCGACGGCAGACGACGGUCGACCUGCCGACUCGCUGACGAGCUUCAGCGCCAGCGUGCGUUCGCACGAGACGUGCGGUGCGGCCGACGAGGAGAAGGUGCCCAUGUGGGUGACGCAUGACUCGCACGGUGUGACGGCGCGCCUGAACAGCGAACACAGACUCGAUGGCGCCACUAAGUCGAUGAAGACGCAUCGAGGGAGCGCUGCGUCGGCCGACCACGUCAAGACAACAACCACGGGACGCUCGAAGUCGAGGUCUCCGCUAUGGUGCUGCGUCACGAGGCGGCGGAAACUGACGAUGCUCGAGCGAACGCUGCUCGUGUCUACAAUCACGAUGGUAGCAGCGUGUUUAGUGUUAGUAAUUCUCCUCGCGCUAGGCAGUGAAGAUUCACCUGAACACCGUAACGCCACACAAGAAAUAUGUUUGACGGCUGAUUGUAUAAAUAUAGCUGCGUCGAUGAUCAACCGUAUGGACGCGAGCGUCGAGCCGUGCGACGACUUCUACCGAUACGCGUGCGGCAACUGGCUGCGCGAGAACGUGCUGCCCGACGACGAGACGGGAUACGACGUGUUCUACAUACUCACGAUGAAAAACAUGAAGAAGGUUAAAAAACUCGUCGAGGAGCCAAUAUCUGACGAAGAUAACAUAGCGACGACCAAGGUGAAACAGUUCUACGUAUCUUGUACAAACGUCGACCAGGCGAUGCUCACGCUGCGGCGUGACCUGUACCUGAACGACAGCAACGCGGAGUACGUCGGCUACAUGGAGGCCUACCACAGGUUCAUGGUGGACACGGUGAUGCUGCUCGGCGGAGACGACCACGACCGCGUGUGGGACGAGAUGCUGGCCGUGCUAGAGCUGGAGAAGGAAAUCGCAAACCUUACGCUGCCCUGGAUGGAAAUGCGAGGCAAAGAGGAGGAGCGAUACAAUAAGUUGACGAUAGCAGAGCUACAAGAACUCGUUCCACAGAUUCAUUGGUUACGGUUGUUUGAACACAUAUUUGAGAUAUCACCAGAAAUCGUAAUCACUGAAGACGAGGAACUUAUUGUGAAAUCCGUUGAGUUCAUGAUGGAGAUUGGCCAGUUGGUGCUAAACACUCCGAAAAGAACAAUGGCUAACUACAUCAUCUGGCGAUUUGUCGAGAAUACGAUUAUUCGCCUUGAUCAGCGCUUUCACGACCUCCAUUACGUGUUCUACGAUACCUUAUACAAGACAGAUUCGAAAUCUCGGCCCAGGUGGCGUGAGUGCGUGUUCAACGUGGUCCGAAUGAUGGACAUGGCUGUCGGCUCCAUGUAUAUCAGGGAACAUUUCCACAUGGAAGCCAAGGGUCAUGUAACUGAUAUCAUCAACACAAUAGUAGAGGCGUUUCUACACUUUUUGCACAACCUGGACUGGGCUGAUGAGGAAACAAAGGUUGCUAGCGAAGAAAAGGCACGCGCAAUAGAGAAGUUGAUUGGCUAUCCUGACGAGGUGAUGGAUUCUGAGCGCCUGGGACAAAUGUACACUUGGCUUCACGUAGCGGAGGACACGUUUUUCGGCAAUGCUCUCAAUUUGGAGCGAUUUCUUGCCAAAGAAGAGUUUAGUCAAUUACGUAACCCAGUGGAUAGAAACAAGGGCAUCUCUCCAAUAAUCCACCCGAAUGCUUACUACUAUAGCAUGUGGAACCAAAUAGUGUUCCUCGCUGGCAUUCUUCAACCGCCCUUCUACAACUGGUACGCACCUAAGUACAUCAACUAUAGUGGCAUAGGAAUUGUUAUCGGGCAUGAGAUAACACACGGUUUCGAUGACUCAGGUAGGAAGUAUGACAAAAACGGAAACCUGACAGAAUGGUGGCCAGAACAAGAUAUUGAAGCAUUCAACGAGAAAGCAAAAUGCAUCAUUGAUCAAUAUUCGGAAUACAAUAUCGAAGACGUUGGCAGUCUCAACGGGAAUUACACUUUGGGUGAAAACAUUGCCGACAACGGUGCACUCAAGCAGGCAUUCUGGGCAUAUCGUCAACAGAUAGGUUCAAAUAGCGAAGAGAGUCGUCUACCAGGACUCGACCUCAGCCCGAACCAGCUGUUCUUCCUCAACUACGCGCAGUUGUUUUGCGAAAUGAGAAGCAAAGAAGGGUUUGAAGAGGCGAUAAAAGCCGACGUCCACAGCCCAGGCGAAUACCGUGUCAUAGGCAGCUUAACCAACUCGAAGGAAUUUUCCGAACUCUACAAUUGCGCUCUCGGAACAUUCAUGAAUCCAGAGGAGAAAUGCGAGGUGUGGGUGACCACGUGA